AAUGAAAUCUGUCGGAGAAGAAUUCACUGAGACUCGAAGGAGAGCCCCAAGCUUCGGAGGCAUACCACUCUGCAUCUCAUUCAAUCAAAGCGGAUCUGUUCAUCGCUUUCGAUUUCUGUCUCAAAUGGUCUUUUUGUCUGUUAGACCCUUGUUUUGCGUCCUCGCGUUCACGCUCUCUCUCCUCCUUAUUCUUGCAUUUCUAUCGUCGUCUUCCCCUUUCUCCCUCUAUCGGACUUCUUCGGAUUCGGCCGUAGGGGAGGGAGAUAUAUGGAGUGUUCGGCGCCUCGUCGAGUGGAGACCUUGCACAUGGUGGACGCAAGGACGCCAAAGAGCUCCUCUACCUUUAGAAACCAAUGGAUAUAUCAGGGUGGAUUGCUACGGUGGCCUCAACCAGAUGCGAAGAGAUUUUUGUGAUGGUGUGGGCAUUGCUCGUCUGUUAAAUGCAACCCUUGUCCUGCCAAAGUUUGAAGUGGCUUCAUAUUGGAAUGAAACAAGUGGUUUUGCAGAUGUAUUUGAUGUCGACUACUUCAUUCAACAGAUGAAUGGCUUUGUUAAGGUUGUCAAAGAGUUGCCACCAGAGAUUGCAUCAAAAGAACCCGUCCCAGUGGAUUGUAGCAAACGGAAAGGCCAAUUCGAUUAUGUUGAAAGUGUUCUUCCGGCUCUAUUAGAGCAUAGAUAUAUUUCCUUCACGCCAGCAAUGUCCCAACGAAGGGACAGGUACCCUCUAUAUGCAAAAGCCGCUCUUUGUCAAGCAUGUUAUAAGGCAUUACGUCUUACAAGAUCCCUGGAAAUGAAAGCCUCUGAGCUUCUUCAAGCUAUCCCAAAACCCUUUCUCUCACUUCACCUUCGUUUUGAACCAGACAUGGUUGCUUAUUCUCAGUGCGAGUACCCAGGCCUUUCUCCUGUCUCCAUCAAAGCCAUAGAAGAAGCACCGCAAGGUGACAGAAAACCAUGGACUGGUGAGUUAGCCCGCACUUGGAGAAGACGGGGGAAAUGCCCGCUUACACCAAAUGAGACGGCUUUAAUACUUCAAGCUCUUUCCAUCCCAACAAGCACAAAUAUAUAUCUUGCGGCUGGGGAUGGUCUGAUGGAAAUUGAAGGGUUGACAGCUACUUACACUAACAUAUUUACUAAGUCUAGCCUUCUGAGUAAUGAGGAUUUCACAAACAUGCAUGGCAAUACUAAAGCUGCUUUAGAUUAUUAUGUAUCUAUUAAUAGUGAUUCUUAUAUAGCUACAUAUUUUGGGAACAUGGAUAAGAUGGUUGCAGCAAUGAGAACCUUCACGGGGCAGUAUAAAACUCUUUUUUUGAGUAGAAGAGCUUUUGCAGAAUUAACCUUUCAGAGGCUGAGGGAAAAGGAGUUGAUGCAAGCUCUAUGGAAGGUUCAUAGAGAUGAUUUUGCCAUGGGAAGGGGAUCUGCUCUGCCUGACUGCUUUUGCGAAUUUAAGUUGUGACUUUGGAUGUCAUUAAUCCUUUUGGCUGUAUGUUUCACUUUUCUGGAAGGAAACCCUCGCCGUCUUUCUUUUAGGGUGUGUAUUCUUUCAUAAUUCAGUUAAGCUUCACUUUACCUGAAGGGAAA